AUGACACACAAUAUCAAGUUAAUACUUGUAUUUUUUUCUCUUCUUGCAGUCUCUUUUGCUGCUAUUGUUGGAAUGGAUGUAGGUACACAAUUUACAAAAACUGCUUUUAUUGGACCAAAGAAAGUAGAUAUUGUAGAAAAUGAAGAGUCUAAAAGAAAAGAUCCUACAUUAGUUGGUCUUGACUUAAGUGGUAGAAGAGUUUUUGGUACAAAAGCUCAAAAAUUAGCAUUUAGUUCACCAAAAAGAAUUUUUAUGUAUUCAAAUAAAUUAAUUGGAAAAUCAUUCAAUGAUCCUUUUCUAGAAUAUCUUCAAUCUUUCAUUCCAUCAGAAAUAGUUCCACAAAAUAAUACUCGAAUGUCUAGUCCUCCAGUAUAUCAAGUAGGUAAUAUUACAUUGUCAGCAGAAGAAGUUACUGCUAUGAUGAUUCAAAGACAAUUGAAACAUGUUAAAACACAAUACCAAACAACUGUAACUGAUGGAGUCUUAACUGUAUCACCAUCAAGUACACCAAUUGAGAGAUAUGCAUUAGUUCAUGCAGCUAAAUUAGCAAAACUUCAACCAAUUGCAUUAGUUAAUUCACCAAUGGCAUUUGCUAGUUCAUUAGCUGUUAAUAGGGAUUUAUUUGAAGUACCAACAAAUGUAUUAUUUAUUGAUAUUGGAGCUACAUCAGUAGAUAUUGGAGUAUUUAAUUUUAGUUCAGAGUCAAACACAACAGGAGCAAUCAAAGCAUUAGGAUAUUACACAUCACCAUAUUUUGGAGGACAUAAUUUUGAUAAAGUAAUUGCUGAUAUUGUUUUCAAAAGAGUUCAAAACCAAGUAAAUGUCUCUGAUGAAAAAGGAGGAUUAUAUAGACAAAUUUUACAACAAUCAGAAAAAGCAAAAAUAGUUUUAAGUGUAAAUAAAGAAACUAGUGUUAAAGUUAUUUUACCAGGAGGAAUUGAUUGGUCAACACCAAUUACUUUAAAAGAAUUUGAAGAAGCAAGUGAAGAAGUAAGAAAGAGAUUAGAUAAUAUUCUUGAAGAAGCAAUAGAAUUUAUUGGAAUCAAAAAAGAAGAUAUAAAUAUGGUACAAUUACUUGGAGGAGGAAUGAGAGUUCCAAUGGUAUUAAAAACUAUUACAGAAUAUUUUGGAGAAGAAAAAAUUAAUAGAAAUGUAGAUGCACAAGAAGGUGGAGCAUUUGGAGCAGCAUAUUAUGCAUUAAUGCAAGGACUUGGAAGAAUGAAAAAGCAAUAUAAAAUUAAAGAUUUUGUACCAAUUGAUUGGUAUAUUAAUUCACCAUAUCUUGAUAAAGAAUUUAAAUUAUUUAGUCAUAAAUGGAAAGUAGAUUCAAUGAGAACAGUUUCAUUUAAUAAAGUUAAUAAUACUAAAGAAUUUAAUUUUACAAUUUCAUAUUCAAUGAUGGGAAGUAAAGAUAAAGUUGCAUAUAUGGUAGGUAUUGGAAAUCAAUUUAAUUUAAAUCAAACAUUAAAUGAAAGGGGAAUUGAUAUUAGUUUAACAUUUAAAUUAAAUUCAUAUGGAUUAGUUGAUAUUUCUAAAAGUGAAAUGAAAUACACUGCAUGGACUAAUUGUACUGAAAAGAAAUAUAAAGUUAUUAAUGUUACAGAAGAAGUAAAUGAAACAGAAAAUAAUUCAACAGAAAAUAUACCAAAAACAGAAAAGGAAAGUAUUAAAGAAGAAAUUGAAAUUGAAGAAGAAAUUAUUGAAAAUGGUAAAGAACAAAUAAAUGAAGAAAACAUUGAAAUUAAAGAAGAAGAAAUUAAUAAUAAUGAAACAGAAAAUCAUAAUGAAACAAAGAAAACAAAAAUAACACCAAAAGUUGAAUGGGAAGAACAUAUUUUUGAAUGUGCUAAGAAUGAAACAAGUAGAUUUAAUUUCUUUAUAUUAUAUCAUCCAUUAAUUAGUUUUAUGAGUAGAAAUUAUCAACGAUCAAAAGAAAUAUUAAAAUGGUUUGAUGAUAUUGAUGAAUCAUUUAAACAAAUUGGUGAAAUGAUUAAUAACUUUGAAUCAACUUUAUAUGCAUUAAAAAAAGAAGUUAUUGAAAAUGAAAGUCUUGAAAAAGAAAAGAAAGAAGAAUUUUUAAAGAAAAUAAAUGAACAACAAGAAUUUUUAGAAUUUAAUACUAUUGAUGAUAUUGAAUUAGAUGAAUUCACUAAAAGAGCAGAAGUUAUUAAAUCUAUUACUGAAUUCCUUCAUCCUGAACUAUAUGAAAAAGUUAAAGAUAAACAACUUAAUGAAACUGUAAUAAACAUGACUGAAGAAAAUCUUGUCACUAAUUCAGAAAAUGGUACUGAACCAAAGACAGAACUUUAA